AUGUGGCAACAAGUGCAGUUGGAUUACAAUUCUUAUUGGCCUCGAGUUGAGGUUCUUGAGAGGUUCUGGAAUCACCUGCAGAUGGAGAUACGGUUCAGGACACUGCUCUACUAUCGCUUGGACUCCUGUGAUUGCUGGUUUGAAGAGGUUUUGAGAACUGAUAAUUCAACGAGUUUACUUUGGGAUGAUAAAACAUAUCCACAUUAUCAAGCAUACCUACAAGACAAAAACUUACUGGCGGUGGCUUGUAUGAAGCUUUACCAAUACAAAGAGAUGUUGCAUGCCUUGAGUUUAAUGCUGGAACAGAUGCGUAGCAUUCCGGUGGUAUUACAGCUUUGUGGAGCAGAAGACCUGAAUACAAUCUGGAAAAUAGUGAAACUCAGUCAGGAGCUAAAGAUGCCCAAUGUUUUGCUGCUUUCGUGGAACUUUUUUACCACUGGAAUAUUUUAUUCCUACGAACUGUUUCCGGAACUUCGAGUUUCAAAACUAGUUUAUCAUGCAUAUCUUACCCUUUUUCCAAACAAGUUGAACGAUCUACGAGGACAUCCCAUACUCACUUUGCCAGACAAUUCUGAACCCCAUACAAUUGUGCAAAAGGGAUUGAAUGGUUCCUAUAAAAUCGAUGGACCAGUAUGGCAAUUUAUGAUUGAAUUCGCUAAACAUAUAAAUGGAAGUCUUCAGUUGGCAGGAGAACCCGUUUUCGAAAAGACCCUCAGUUACACCCAGGUUAUCGAUUUGGUCAGGAACAAUACUGUGGAUAUAGCGGCCAGUGUAAGGCCCCUUAGAAAUUUGCACGGCAGCAAUGUACUUUUUUAUAGCUAUCCAAUGAUAGUGGGAAACUGGUGUGUGAUGCUACCAACUGAGAGGAUUCUAAGUAGUCGAGACGCACUGAUCGGAAUGGUGGAUUCACCUUGGAUUUGGCUCUUCUUGCUGAUCCUCUACUUACUGCACCGUUUUUUUAAUCGUAGAAAUCAGUAUAGAGGUCCACUUAUUCAAAUAAUUAAACCAUUGGUUCAUCUAGCACUUCUUUGCUUCCUGCAAGCCCAACUUUUGGCUUAUUUCAUUGCUCCUCAGAUGUUAAUUCAUAUGAACAGCAUGCAGGAAGUUGAGGAAGCAGGUCUCAAAAUCAGAGGAAUGCGACAGGAGUAUAUGGAAUACCCCAUCGACAUGAGGAGUAGAUAUGAAUCCUCUUUUCUGCUACAUGAUAUCUUUUUUGAUUUGGCUUAUUACCGGAAUAAUUUUAAUAUAUCUUACGGAUACACUGUGACCUCUGUGAAGUGGCAGUUUUACGAGGAGGCACAACGGCGUUUUAGGCGUCCUUUGUUUUACUACUCGGAGGACAUUUGCGUCCAGAAGCUGUCGCUCUUUUCGUUGAUCCAUCAAAGAAACUGCGUACAUCGCUACCAAUUAAAGAGGUUCAUCAUACGUUUGCACGAGGCAGGACUAAUUUCCCUGUGGUACCGAAGAGCUUACUACCUUAUGGUGCAGACAGGACGAUUUCGAUUCGGCGACUUCAGCAAAUACCACGAGGCGCAACCGAUUCGAAUGUCCGAAUGGAAGUUCGUUAUGUACUUAUAUGGGGCAGUACUUCUGUUUUCAUUGGCUGUCUUUGCCAUGGAACUUACUAUUUACUAUGUAAAUGUUUGCCUAGACAACUUAUAA